AUGGCUGCUGCAGCAGUGUCAGCAUCGUCCACUUCAUCUCAAGGGGAAGCGAGCAUCGCCGAACAGAUGGGCACUAGUUCACCAGCGCCUUCCCAGGUCGCCAGCCCAGUGCGACAGAGCCUGCUGCUCCGUGGAAGGAAGAGCGGCUACUCUUGCCCAGCAACAUCUGCGGAGGUGAAAGCUCAAACAACUGACGAGAUGCGGACGCCUGAUCGCCGGAAAACUGCUGUGGGGGCGAAGGAAACGCCGAAGAAGCGUGCGGCCCCGAAGAAGCGCAAUUGUGCCGCGGUUGUCACAGCCUUGGCCAAGAAGGCAAUGGAGCAGACGCAUUGUGAAAAGGAGUCGGAAGUGGCGAGCAAGCGCUCACGCGUUCUCUCGCGCUGA